GCUGUAUGCCUUAGGGAGCUCUGUCUUUAUGUGUCUUGUGGAGCAGGGACAUCUUUACCGUAUGUCUUUAACAGCACCUAGCAAAUAAAUAACACAACAGUAGAGGGGACAGGGACACAAGUGUGGAACCUCCCUGCCGACGGGAGGGAUGUUGCUAAUGCACAAGGCAAGAGUGUAAAUUGUGUGUGGGCACUGCCACCCAGUCACCCUGUGGUUUCCUUGGGGGAUCUUUCACAUUCUGCAGCAGUGUUUGAACCGAGAGAGAAAGAGCUGGGAUUCGGACUGUCAAACAUUUACCCAAUCGAAAGGUGGUUGGGAGGAAAUUUACAUUUGGCAACAAGUCUCGGCGCCUUACUGGAAAAGCGCAGAAGAAGUAGCAGUGCUUUGUAACUCAGCCAACACUGAAAACGAAGCAACGCCUCAGGGACAGCACGAGGAGACAAGGCUUACCAGAAACUAAAGAAAUGGAGAAUGGGACCGAUCCCGUCUGCAUUGCAAAUGAGGCUCCGUUCUCUCACAAAAUUAUCGGAAGCCUUGAUCUAACAGGUAUAUUUCUCUUUGCCAUCUUGACUCUAAUGACACUAAUAGCCGACCUGGUGUUUGUAGAGGAAGUGUUCUAUAUCUACAAGAAAACCCCCUCCUCUAAAAGGACAAUUUUGAUUUGGAUAAAUGCAGCAGCUCCGGUGAUAGCUACUACAUCAUGCACUGGGAUGUGGAUUCCUCGCUCAACAAUGUUUACAGAUUUCACUGCAGCAGUCAGCUGCAAAUUUUUCAAGCCUCCCUCCUCCGUCCCAAAGGCUAUCUCAGAUAAGGCGGCGUAGAAAGAGGACGCAAGACGACAUGUUCACGGAAAUAAUGGAAUGCACCCACAAUGAAAGAGCUCAUUUGAAUGAGUGGAAGGACGCUGUAUCUAAAUUUAGGAAAGAUGCCAGUGAACGUGAGGU